AAAGGCUAGAAAAGUUGUACCUUUACCUUAUUCUGAACAACCUUCUAAAAAAAAUGUUAUUUGGAAUGACGAAUUGAGAUUUGAAGUAUUUGGAGGGGAUGAUUAUAAGUAUGCUUGGAGAAAACCAAAAGAAAACUAUGAUGUUGAAUGUUUAGUUCCAACAUUUAAGUCAGAAAGA